GUAUUUGACGACUCCCUGAUCCUGUCGGUUGAGUGGUUUUGCUGUGCUUCAACUCCAAGACGCGAGACGUCCACUUGUUUCGUGGCGCACAUUCGAAUCGUGAACUGCAUACCGGAAACCAGGUAUGUGUAGAGAACAGCUGGAAGUCAGAGAACAGAGAUCCUCCGAGCUUUGAGUUUUGCGCGAUUGCCUUCAAGUGUGUGUUGAUGUCUUCAGCUUCUUUGCCGACGGACUAUGAUCAACGCCUGCCUCCUGGGCAAUGCUGCCGAGGUGAGGCGUCUGCUCAACUCUCGAGCUGAUGUGAAUUUGCAGGAUGCUGAGAGGAGAACGCCGUUGCAUGCCGCGUCUUUCAAAGGAGAUCUGGACUGCCUGAGUUUACUGAUUCUCAGUGGAGCACGAGUGAACAGCAAAGACACCCACUGGAUUACUGCCCUGCAUCUGUCAGCGGCGUAUGGCCAUUCAGACUGCGUCAAGCUACUUCUGAAGCACCAUGCCGACGCUGCGGCCAGAGACAAGCUGUGGCAAACGCCACUUCACCUCGCCGCACAUAACAAUCAGCAGAAAGUGGUUGGCACGCUGCUUCAGCUGAGUAGCCAGAACGUAAACAUCACUGAUCGAGGUGGUAGAACUGCCCUACACCAUGCUGCGCACAAUGGACAUAAGGAGGUGGUCUUAGCCUUGUUGGAGAAAGGUGCACAGGCCAAUGCUGGUGACAAGAGAGAUCGCAGGGCGUUGCACUGGGCUGCAUCCAAAGGCUUUCUCGACUGUGUAAUGUGCCUGAAAGAAGCUGGUGCAGAGGUAGAUUGCUGCGACAAGCAGGGGUUCACUCCGCUGCAUGCUGCAGCUGCGGCUGGUCAGAUGGAAACUCUUGUUCGCCUUGUGGAGCUCGGUGCGAACAUCACGAAGAAAACAGUAGGUGGCAACACGGCAUUGCACAUCGGUGCUCACCGAGGUUUCCAAGAUGUUAUUCAGGUGCUGCUGGAGCACGAGGCGGACGCCGAGGUGGCAAAUGACCUUGGUCAGACGCCUCUCAUCCUGUCGGGUCUGUGUGCGGACGGCUUGCAGUGUAUGACGUUGCUCAUCCAGCACAAGGCGGACACGACUAAGCGUGACAAGCGAGGCCGCUCUGCGUUGCAUGAAGCCUGCAAGGCUGGUCACGAAGAGCAAGUUCGACUGCUGCUAGAGAACGGCGCGCAGGUGGAUGUAGCCGACGGCGAGGGGCAGGCAGCGCUACACUUAGCUUCUCGCUACGGCCAUGCCAGCGUGGUACAGUGCUUGUUGGAUAGCGGUGCGGACGCCAAUAGCAACGGCGGAAAGGACAGGAUGACGGCAUUGCACAUCUCAGCACUGUACGGGCAUUUGCAGUGUGCCAAGAUCCUACUGACUGCGGGCAGUGACAUCAGCCUCCUGGACGAAAGCGGGCGCAAUGCGUUGCAUGCUGCAGCGUGUGGUGGCAACAUUGAUAUUCUCGAGUUGAUCCUCAACCACAGUAUCAAUGCUCCGAUUGCCAACAAGCCACAGUCAGUCAUCAACUCCGAGCGUAAAACCUUCCUGGGUAUCGACGUCAACCAGGCUGAUAAGCAUGGUUGUACGCCGCUUCACUACGCGGCAGCGAGCUUAGCCACAGGUGAGCCUGGCAAGGGUAACGCGUCGAUGCGGGUCGUGGCACACCUGCUCAUGAACCGUGCCGUGCCGAUGCAGCGUGACAACAAGGGAUACACGCCUCUUCACUACGCCAGCCGCCGCGGUCACACUCUGUCGCUGCAGAUGCUGCUGGACAUUAUACAGCCGUCGGCGCACAAGAGCGGUAUGCCUGUCACGACACCACUACAUCUGGCGGCAUACUACGGCCACACGGAAGCACUCACCAUACUGCUCCACUCCAUGCUCGACUCCAGUCCCAAGGACUCGUUUGGGCGCACGCCGCUAGAUCUAGCUGCCUUCCGCAAUCACACACAGUGCUUAGAGACUCUGAUCAUUCGAGGUGCGUCGGUGGUCAACAAUGAUUUGGUCUCCGGUUCAACAGCGCUGCAUUUCGCCGCCAGCCAAGGCCACACGGAAUGCUUGCAGCUCCUACUGGACAGUAUGGACAAGUCGGCGCAGGUCGACGUAUGCGACACGAGCGGUCAGACACCGCUCAUGCUGGCCGCGCAUCACGGCAAGAUCGACAGUGCAAUGCUUCUCAUCGAGUACGGCGCCGAUGUGAACGCACUGGAUGUUCACAAGCGCUCCGCACUGCACCGAUGCUCGGCGACCGGCUAUGAGGACUGUGUCGAGGCUCUCCUGCAGAGCAACGUCGACAUCAACGCGUGCGAUGACAUUGGCCGCACGCCUCUCAUUCUCAGCUCCAUGGCCGGACACUCCAAUUUGGUCGGCGGUCUCAUACAGCUGGGCUCGUCCAUCGUAGCGCUCGACUCACACGGCUACUCAGCGUUGCAUUGGGCCUGCUACAAGGGCCAGUGCAGCUGUGCCGAGAUGAUUCUGGAUGAUGAUGGCUACGAGAUAUUCGAGCGCACCGUCGGCAAUUCCUUCUCGCCACUGCACUGCGCCGUUGCCCAGGGCGACGAGUCGACAGUGGAGAUCCUGCUCGACACACUGAGCCCAGACAUUGUAAAUGCGUGCGACACGCAGGGGCGCACUCCGCUGCACGUGGCGGCGCACGGGAACUUCGGCGAGUGCGUGCAGAUCCUACUAGGGCAGGCGGCCGAUGUCAAUGCCAGGGACAGCCACCAGUCCACUCCGCUCAUGCUGGCUGCCGAGAAGGGCCAUGUGUCCGCAUGUGAGUUGAUCAUCGGUCAACCUGAGGUUAACAUGAACAUUCAGGACGCCAACGGUCGAACCGCCCUCGCCCACAGCUGUCUGCAGGGCCACGAGGAAUGCGCAGAGAUCCUCCUGGAGAACUGCAGUUCGUCGGACAGCUGCCUGUCGGUGGCGGACAACAAUGGUGAGACCGUCAUGCACAUCGCAGCCAGGACCGGCCUUGUUGCGGUCGUCUCGGAGCUGCUCAGCAAGGGCGCCUCGGUCACAUGCAAGGACAAGAAGGAUCGCACCCCGCUGGUCGGCUGCUCACCCAACGAUAAUGUCGCCGAGUGUAUGAAGCUCAUUUUAUCGAAACUGUUGUAGACAGUUGUGGACAUGUUUCAAAUUUAAUGUUAUUAUUAUUUCAAAUGAUAAGUGCCUCAUGUGAAUGCUUGA